AGUGUUAUAUAGUGGUUGUAUUAUAUUUGUAUUAUAUAGUGGUAGUAUUAUAGUUGUAUUAUAUAGUGAUAGUAUUAUAGUUGUAUUAUAUAGUGGUAGUAUUAUAGUUGUAUUAUAUAGUGGUAGUAUUAUAGUUGUAUUAUAUAGUGGUAGUAUUAUAAUAGUGUUAUAUAGUGGUUGUAUUAUAUAGUGGUAGUAUUUCUCUUCAUACUCUCUGUUGUCCUCUAGGUGCCAACAUCCUGAGAGACUCCACUGGCAACAUAAAGCUGGGGGACUUUGGGGCCAGUAAACGCAUCCAGACCAUCUGUAUGUCAGGAACUGGCAUCAAAUCUGUCACCGGCACGCCUUACUGGAUGAGCCCAGAAGUCAUCAACGGAGAAGGAUACGGACGCAAAGCUGAUGUCUGGUCUGUGGCGUGCACAGUGGUGGAGAUGCUUACCCAGAAGCCUCCCUGGGCGGAAUUCGAGGCCAUGGCAGCUAUCUUUAAGAUAGCCACGCAGCCCACCAAGCCCUUCCUCCCUGAGGGUGUUUCCGAGGCCGCCCGGGACUUUGUGCGCCAGGUGUUCAUAGAGGAGAAGUGGCGUCCCACGGCCGAGAACCUCCUCUCACACCCCUUCGUCCAAGGGGGGUUCUGACCCUGACCUCUAACACCCCCAGGGCCACCCUGCCUCCCAGGCCUCUCCACAGCUCCAGUCCGCCAGCUUCCAGGGCCCAGCACCACUCCACUCCAGGGCCCAGCACCACUCCACUCCAGGGCCCAGCACCACUCCACUCCAGGGCCCAGCACCAUGAUGCCAGACCUGAUCAUAACCUGAGCCCCAGUCUCUCUCCUUCACCAGCUAACUGACCCCAGACCUGAUCAUAACCUGAGCCCUAAUCUCUCCUAUAUUUUGUCUGUCUUGUGAUCAGUGGUCACCUUCUAUAUUCUGUUAAGGUUAAGAGCAAACUCUGAAAAUACAUGCCAUCUGUCAGGACUGUAAGUUAGUCAUCUAGUUUCCCUGUUGUCUUUGAGUAAUAUUCUGCUUCAAAGGGGAUUGUGAACAGUUUUUGUAAUACAUCCUAGAUGAACACUUGCAGUUACCUUAACAGUUGAUGUCUAUACUUUGACCUGAGAUAUGUACAUUUAGUUUUGUCUGAAUUGCCAAACGCCUUACAAUGACGAGUUGUAAAAUAGCAUUUAUGUACAUUUACAGAAUGACCCUGUUUCUACAACAUAGCACUCUUUCUAAUUCGGAAAGAGACUGUUGCACAUUUUAUAGCAUGUAUUCAGUAGAUGCCCCAAUGCAGGAUAAUCAACAGGAAAAAAUAGAUGCUGUAAAUAUAUUUGACAUUUUUAUAAUUUCAUAAUGAGAGAAAUGUUUUUUUUUAUUCCACUGUUUGGAGAAAAAUACCAAACAUUUGUAUUGUUGUGAAUGGUUACUCGCCGUGUAUAAGCAAGCAAUUCUCCCACGCUGACCAGCCUGUUUAAAUCCACAUAUGUGCCAUGUUU